AUGGCAUCAAGUCUUCUUGUCAUUGUGGUCCUCUGUUUGACCAUUGAACUGUGGACUGGAGUGAAUGCGACAUGUGACCCAGACUGCUGUGAAGUUUGCCCUGAUGGUUGGGCUGCAUUUGACAAAAAGUGCUACCAGUUCCACAUGGACCACAAGACCUGGGGAGAAGCAGAGCAUUUCUGCACCACUAUCGGUGGAAAUCUGCCUUCCAUCCAUAGUGACUUUGAGUACCAAGUCCUCAGAGCGGGGAUUCUCAGAGCGAGCGGCGCACAUACAAACAUUUGGGUUGGAGGCUACGAUGCAACGCAUGAGGGUAUUUGGCUGUGGAGCGAUGGCACAAAGUUUGACUUCAACGGCUGGGGCAAAGGGGAGCCCAACAACAGCGGCGGAGAACAUUGCAUGGAGAUGAACUUUAAUGGACAGGACAUUAUCAACGACAUGAGGUGUGACAGGAAGAAAGCUUUUGUUUGUGUCACAUACCCACAAUAA